UAUUUGACAUGAAAACAAAAUGUGAUCGCGUGCAAUGUCGGAAAUUGUAAAUUUCAUAUUUCAUAAAAUUGUUUGAUAUUUAUUUAGGUAAUGAACCACUAAUUCACAAAAAAACACUUAUGCGUUUUGAACAUGUCAACUAUUAUAAAAUUCAACCUUAAGGAAUUAAGAAAAUUAGCCAAUGAUAAGAACUCCUGUGUUGUGGAAAAAAAAGUUACACAAAACCUUGCACUGCAGCCUUGGUGUCUUAGUAAUCUCCAGGAAUCAAUAAAAAACCUGUUGGAUUACAAAAUCGGGAAGUUCGAUAAAGAGUUAAACGGCAUUUUACUUAGCUACAAAAAUUUAAGAGUAUUAACCAAUGUGGGCGCAAUACGCAACGAUGGCUCAGACAUUAUGUUUCAAGUACAAGCGGACUACUUCAUAUUUCAACCAUAUGUGGGUGCCACCUUAAAAGGACUGGUAAACAAAAAGAGCAAUACCCAUCUAGGCAUUCUUGUACAUCGUGUAUUCAAUGUGGUGAUUCCCCGGCCAACUGAGGAGCCUGGCAAUGAAUGGAUCGGAUCAGUAGUCCAAGAGGGACAAGUUGUGUUGUUCCGAGUGGUUGUAUUGGAUCUCUAUGGAGCUUUGCCAUACAUUAGGGGAGAACUAGAUGCAAGGUGGGUCAAACUUGGUCCAGAUGAAGAUGAUGAGAUGUUUGAAACAAAUCAAGUGGAACCAGUAACUGUGGACUAUGUAAACUUUGAUAAAAUUAAACCAUUCUAUCAGAAACAAAGUGGAGAUGGCAAACAGUCACCAACAAGGAGCCUGCCAAAGCUUGACAAAGCAAGUCCUGUAAGCAAAAACCAGUCUAAAAGUACAGCUCAAGUAUCUAAAGAAAAAAAUGGUGUAAUUGGCAGUACAUCAAAAAAGAACAUAAAGAAACUGAGCAAAACAUCAGACUGUGAUGCAACCAGUUCUGCUCUAAGACCAUCAAAAAAACAAAAGCGAGAAUCUUGAAUUCAAUAAUAAUUUAUAGGCUUUGACUUAUUGUACAACAUUUUAAGUAUAUUAUUUACUAG